CAGCGUUUGUCAAAGGAGGUGGAAGAUUUGCCAACCCUUGGAGCGCCAUUUCGUAUGGACUACAGCGCUGGGGCUCAGUUGGGAAUCUCAUCGGCGAGACAGAUCAUGGGGUCAGAUCAUAUGACAACUAUCCCAUAACACCUACGCCGCGUCACUUUGUUACCUCAUACAUCUCAGAUUCCCAGAUCUUAGCCCUAGAUCGAAAACCCCUCCUGAGAUAGAUUGAACACCAUCCACCAUCCUGGCCCAACCUUUUUCUCUAGUAUCUUUCAAGUUUCACUGAAUCCAUCAGAUCCAAAUCGAUUCAUUGUUUUCAGCACUCGCGUCCGAGUGUUACCGUCGCUAUGGCCACCACAUAUCGCCUUCCGCAUGAAGGGGAGAACCGCCCUAAGGGAGCCAUCCUCAUGGCAUGGCCAGGGCCUGAAAAUCGCAACUAUAAAAGGGGCGAGAAGCAACGGUUGGAAAAGGAACUCGCAAACCUUGCCAAGGCGAUAAGUGAUCACGAGCAUGUAAUCCUUAUGGUUCACUCUACGGACAUGUCCAGGGCGGAAAGAAUGUUUAAAUUCUGCGGAUUUAAAACCUGCGGCAAGCAUGGUGUGGAAGUCCUACCUAUUGAGAUGCCAGACUUGGAGUUUUGGAUGCGCGAUGUUGCGCCGACAUUCGUGCUCGAUGAAAACGAGAAUGUCCAUGGGAUCGACUUCAACUUUAACGGCUGGGGAGGACGGUAUCCCUCUAACAACAAUAGACGUUUCGCCCGACACAUCCUCAAAGAGAAAUCACUACUCGGUGAUCGAUCAAUUCCUUGCGUGAAGAGCUGUGUGGGUGGUUGCAAUGAGAUUCGCGACGAGAUCUGCGACCUUGUUCUGGAAGGCGGCGCUCUAGAGACCGAUGGAGAAGGAACGUUAAUCGUAACCGAGAGCUCUAUCAUCAACCCCAACCGCAACCGUGGCGUCACCCGAGAGAAGAUCGAGGAAGAGUUUCGCCGUCUUCUUGGCGUGACCAGGAUUAUCUGGGUCCCUGGUGUGCCUGCUGAGGUGGAAGACUACGAUGAGGUGACCGAUUGUCAUAUCGAUGGCUGGGUCCGCUUUGUCGCUCCUAUUAGAGAUCCUAAAGAUCCUAAUAAAGAUGUUAAUCAAGUUGUUUUGAAUUACCCUGGGGAAGACCGGCCUCCGAUGACGGAUAUCUAUAAGACGACCAAGGAAAAAUUGUCACAGGCUACAGACGCCAAAGGCCGGGCUUUCAAGAUCAUCGACCUUCCUGAGGCGGGUAUAGGACUCAAAACCCCUGAUCCAGACCGGUGCCUGAGUUAUGUGAACUAUUUGCUUGUAAAUGGCGCGAUCAUCAUUCCACGAUUUGGAUUUCGUCAAGCCGAUAAGAGGGCCAAGGAAAUUUUUCAAGGUCUCUUCCCAGAUCGCAAGGUUGUUCAGGUAUUCCUCGAGGAGAUUGCAUGGUCUGGCGGUGGUAUCCACUGUGUCACGCAGGAGAUACCCUGGACGAAGUGAUGACGGCGUUCAAUAAUCUAUUCAUGUUAUCUAGUUAACUCUGUUUCUUAGUAUGUUGUAGUCAAGAGUUCAAACAUCUUAUCUUGUACCAAGCCAAUUGAGAG